AUGUGGCUGGCUGAUGAUGGUCAUAAGGGCUCUGAUCCGAACCCGAAAUCGGGAAUGCAAAUGAAGGAAAUUGUUGAUAUGCUGAAGAAGCUCAAGUUGAACCCCAUUGCGGCCAAGGAGUUUUUCCCUUCCUCCAAUCGAAGGUCAGAGGAUGAACGUGAGAUGUGCGCAAGGACAGUCUACUGCACAAACAGUGAUAAGAAGGUUACUCAAGCUGAUGUCAAGAAUUUCUUCAAGACAAGAUGUGGCGAGGUCUCACGCUUGAGGUUCCUUGGGGAUCACGUGCACUCGACUAGAAUUGCUUUUGUAGAAUUUUACUUGGCUGAGAGUGCAAUAGUGGCGCUCGAUUGUUGUGGUGAGGUUCUUGGAUCCCAACGCAUCAGGGUAAGUCCUUCAAAAACACCCGUGAGGCCUCACAGUCCGCGCCCCAGAAUGCAGUAA